GGAAUGAGUAUCAACUCGGGAAUGCCUCAAGAUAGCUGCAUUAUCUCAAAGACCCAGCACACCUCUAAAGAAGAGGAGCUGAGGAACAGACUUUAUAAUAUCUCGCAGAAGAGACAGAAAGAAUUACGUGCUAAAGAAAAGGAAGAGGACAACAAAUUUGAAAUUAGUGCAGACAAUUUUAAAAAUAUGAGAGACACUCAAAGUAUAUUUAAGGCGGCAAAGAAUUACCAAACUCAGUUGAGCAACCAGACUGAUAUGAAGAUGGGCAAGUUUAUUGACGAGAUGAGGUCUGAGUUUAGUAGUACCAGCAAUAAGCAAGGUAUCCCUCAGCAUAUUUUAUACCAACAUACAAGGAUGCUCGAGAGGCAGGUUAAUUUAUUAGAAAAUAGCCAGAAAGCACUCACUGAGGUACUUAAUAAUAAUAUGAAUGGAUCUAACUCAAAUGGGUAUUCUUUGAAACAAGAAAUUCAACAGGAAAACCGAAUGAUGAUGCUCGAUAUCAUAGCACCUCUUAACCAGAGAUGUAUGGAAAUGAAACACUUGCAUGAAAGCACAAGGGCUUGUGCAGAUGGAAUGGCUGGAAAAAUGGAAGACCUGAAAAACAUUAUUGCUUCUUCUCACUCAAUGAAUGCCCCAAUGCUGUCUUCAACAAUCCAGUCAGCACCAGUAGACCCACUGUCACAAGCUGUUUCUAACCCUGAAUAUUUUACUAAGAAUUUAGAGAAUAUUAAAACCCAGAUGGAGGAGAUCAAGAAUCAGAGUAUUGCUAUUGAGCAUGACAUGGAGAAUAGGUACAAAAAUAUGACAAUAGAUAACCUUCAGAAGAAAUAUAUGCCUAAAACAAUUACUCAAGAAAUGGAAGAUGCUCGAGAAAGACAGAAGAGAAAUCCUGAACUCGAAGAGAUCCUUACUGAUUAUGACAAAACUAGGAAGGCAGUCAAUGAAAAGUUAGGAGGAGAGUUUGAUUACGGAGAGUUCCAGUUAGACCUUAAAGAUAUUCUUGCUGAGAAGGAUAAGAUCCUGACAGAUUUUAGGAAGACUGCUCUUGAGAUCCCUCCUCCCCCUCCUAUUGGGGUGAAGAAGUAUAAUUUCAAGACUAGACCUUUGAAACCUAAGCCAAAGCCUUUGCCUCAGAAGCAAAAGAUCAAAGUUCCUGGGCCUGAGAUUCCGAACAAAGAUAUUGAAUCACAUAAAGUGAAGCCAACUCCAAGUAUGCCUGUAGGAAGUUCGAAGCCUUCUCGUAACAAACCUUCAAAUGAGAGAAAUCCAAGAAGAGGCAGGGAUCAAGUCCAUGUAUCCGAUUAUCCUUCUCCAGGUAGGAACAUCCAUCUUGAAGAAGAGAUGAGGGAGAAGAACCCUGUUGAGCCCACUACAGAUCUCCUAACUCUGAAAAAGCAAAUAGUUGAAGAAGUAGAUAAUGAUCUUAAGAGGAACACAGCUAAAGGAAAAUAUAUCGAUCCUUUCAGAAGAGUCAAUAACCUAGACAAUGAUAUGGGAGUCAUCGAAACCGUUGGUGUUGCUCAACCUGGCUCAGAAGAAUCCAAGAUGAGAACCCUCGACCGCGAGCUACACAGAAGAGAUAUAGGCGAAAGAGUAGCAGCAAGAAAUACCCAAGAUUCUCAGCCAGAUCAGGAUAAAGUCCUUGAUGCUAUCACUGAUUUGAUACUUGAGGAAUACCUCAAGCAUCAUAAUGAGUCUAAGGACUACGCAAGCAUGACUGAGGAAGAGAAAAAGGAGCAGAGAGAGAAGGAGAAUAUCUCCUCUUUCAUGGCUAGUCUCAACAAAAAUCAGAUGUUCGAACAACCUAUCGAUCCUACCAUUAAUGACAUUGGAGAAGAGGUCAUCCAAGAGAAACUUGACAGCAUCUUUAAAGAAUUUCAGAAGGAUAAAAAGGCAGCAGACAGAACUAUAAAAGCAGCUGAGAGGAAGAGGAAUAUUCAUGAACUGAUGAGAAGCUCCACCUCUCAGUUUGAUAAAUCUAAAAAGAAAAUUAAUUUUGAAAUUGAUGAAGAAAGUUGGGAAGAGUCUGGCAAGGAAGAGACCAAAGUUCAAACUAAGAAGAGUAAAAAGAUCAAGAGUAAGAGUAAAGAGAGUAAUGAAGAAUCUCCUGUUAAAAGCCAACAGAUGAGUAGAGAGGUACAUUCAACCCCUGUUGCCUCUGGAUAUGGAUAUGUUCAGACUCCUUCAGGUACAAUGCCUGUAGCUGGACCUAUGGUAGUCGGAGCUCAUCCUGGAGCUCAGCAAUUUAUUUAUGAGUCUGCACAAGCCCAGCCAAGUUUUAAUCUUGGCGAUAUUCAACAAAUUGUUCAAAAUACCAUUGCUAAUGAGAUGAAAAAGAAUGUAAACUACUUAGAGAAGAGGAAUGAUUAUCAGGGCUCAGCAGUUGUGCAGCAGCCUGAGGCUUUCCAGACACAUAAAGUACCUACAAACGAGAUGUCUGAGGAGGAAAUAAAAUUGAGAGCUGAAGAAAAUGAGCUAAAGAAGGGAAUAGCAAUUAAUAUUGCUCCAUAUGCCCAACAAACUCUUGGAAUUGACAUUAAUAGGCCUGUAAAUGCUGGAUAUACAAACCCAUUUUUGGGAGGAGCUGCUCCUAGAACAGGGUUGAAUAAUCCCAGAUUAAUCAACCUUGAUGACUACGAGCUUAGCUCUGAGUCAGAGUUCGUCACAGAUGAUGAAGCAGAUAAGGGAUAUAAUGAAGAUUUCUCAGACCUGAACAUCACUAGCAAGACUAAUGGCAAGAACAGGUACGAUAUUGUUCGUGAAUCAGAAGAAUAUAAACAAAGCGAUCCUAAGCCUAGCAUCUCUCAGAUCUCAAGCAUUGAAAUCCUGAAGGAUAAGAAGCAAGGAAAGAUAGGCUCUAAAGGAAGGAGCCGACCAAAGAUAAUGGAUUCCGAUCUUGAUCCUGAAAUUGAAGCUGCUAGGAAGAAAUAUAGAAAGAAAGGGAAAAUUGAUAUAACAGAAGAAGAUGAAGAGGAUAUUUAA